AUAAGAUAAAGAAAUGGGCAUUUCAGAACUAUGGAGAAUUAUUAGUCCUGGUGGAAAAAAGUUUACACUGGAACAACUCUCAUAUGACAGAUCAUUAAAGUCAAAUGGAAAAGGCUUACGAGUUGCUAUAGAUGUUGCUCUAUGGGUAUUUCAGGCAAGAUCAAGCACGGUAGGCGAUCAAAGUGAAUUACGUGCCUUAUUUUUCAGACUGUGUCGACUUUAUGAAUUAGGUAUCCGUCCUGUGUUUGUGUUUGAUGGUCCUCAACGACCCGAGUAUAAACGUAAUCGAUUAAUUAACACAACACCCAUUGAUACUGAGUUUAGACGAAAUUUAAUUACCUUGAUCCGCUUCUUUAAUUUUGCCAUUUGGCAUUCAUAUGGAGAAGCAGAGGCAGAGUGUGCCUUAUUACAGCGAUUAGGAUUUGUUGAUGUUGUGUUUACAGGAGAUAGUGAUGUGUUUUUAUUUGGAGCUCGUCGUGUAGUUAGAAAUUGGCCUAUAAAACGUAAUGAUCCUGUUUUAUGCUAUGACUUGACCUGGAUUACAGACUCAACAGGACUUGAUCGAUCUGAUUUAAUCUUGAUUGCUCUCUUACAUGGAUCGGAUUAUGAUACUAAAGGUGCAAAAGGCAUUGGUAUCAAUGUGGCUGCACAACUUGCCAAAUGUCAUUUUCAUCGUGAACUUAUGGAUGAUAUCCAGUUAACAAAGAGAAAUGGACCACUCGAUGAUGAACGCGUACGUCAUUUGUUUGAUGAUUUAACCUAUGAACUCCAUCAUAAUAGUACAAAAAAUCUCAGUCGUAAACAUACAAGUGUAGCACUUGAUCCUAAAUUUCUAGAAUUCUCAAUUAUGAUGGACUUUAUUCAUCCUCAGACAAAUAUUGAGAACACAAAAAAUGACCAGGGAAUGUUGACGAAAAUAAAUCAGUUACAAAACCAACUUGACUACCAUCAUGAACCGAACUGGCCUUUGCUGGCGCCCUUUGCUCAAGAGGCCUUUAAAUGGCCAGCAGAGUACUUGUUAAGGAGAUUCUCCUCCCUUUUAUUUCAUGGCUAUAUGGCAAAUCGUCUACGACGCAUCAUUCGUCGACAUGAUCACAACUAUCGUCCUACACUCUCUAUCCAGCAGUCAUCAUCGAAUAGCAGUGAAUAUAGUAAUCGACAAACAACACUUCAAGAAUAUUACGUGUCAACAACAAGACACCAUUAUGCUUCAACAACGGUGCGCGAUGUAGUGAAGAUUACAGGAACAAAAAUAGUAUCUGAUGACUUGAAGUUUUUUCGUGUUGAAUGGGAUCCAUCAUGUUACCAGAAAUUUAUUGAUCAAUUAAAGCCAAAUCUAAAUUAUGAUGAAGCUCUGUAUGAAAAUAUUAAACUGUCACAACAAGGAACAAUGGAUCUAGAAGAACAACUGACAGACUCACAACAACAAGAGAAUAAAAAGGAAAAGAAAGAUGUUUGGACGCUAAUUAAAAGACAAUGGGUUCAUGCCACAAGUCUAUAUUGUCGAUACCCUGAUGUAGUUCAACACUACCAAAGACAACAAAAAAAGAAAUCGUCCAUACGUGUUCAAAAGAAUUGUGACAGUAAAGCUCAAUCAUCAGUACGUGUUCAACGGAUUAGUGAGAAUAGUAAAACUCAAACAUUAACGAACAUUAGUCAAUAUAUGACAAAACUCUAUAUACCACCAAGAGCAAAAUUAUUUUAAGGAGAAUAAAUUAUCAUAGUUAAUUUUCUGUUAUUUA